GUACGCUCUGACGCCAGCGCGCAGGGUUUCUUCCUAUUAUUCCUGGGCUGUCUCACAGAUUGUAGUUCAAGAUGGUUCCUCCACUGCAGGUCUCGCCGCUUAUCAAGACGGCCAGGUGGUCAGCCUUGCUGGUUGGAAUGAUCUAUGGCAAGAAGAGAUAUGAUUACCUGAAGCCCAUUGCAGAGGAGGAGAGGAUAGUGGAGGCUGCAGAAAAGAAGCAACGUGAAGAAGCAGAGCGCAUUGCAAAACAGCUGGCAGAAGCCAAUGAAGACACCAUCCUGAAAUGAGCUAUGAAUGAAAAAUAUUUUCUCCCUUCUCAACCGGAAACUUUGAUUUAAAAAAACAAAAACAAAAACAAAAAAAAACUGUCUUCAAAUACAGAUGUAAUGUUUUGAUUUCAUAACUGCCCAUCGCUACAUGUAUAAAGUAAAAAGACUAGGAACAAUAAAUCUUUCCAAAACAAA